UUACAGGGAAUGUGCUUUGCCAUACCUGGACCAACGUUACUGGAUUUGCAACAUAUAAGAACAGACACGGAACAUAUAGCUUUUUUUUACACAGGAAGAUCAAUUGAAUUCUUAAUUGGUUCAUUGGCUGUUUGCAAUGUUUUCUUACUGAACUUGUGGGGUAAAGAGAGUGCUCCUUAUUAUCAAGCGCUGCACUUUGCUUUUGGUCUUGGAGGUCUCCUAUCUCCAUUGAUUGCCGCACCUUUUCUGCGAAAUUACAAUGAACUCAAAAGCGAAAAUGAAUACAGUGAAAAAGAUGAAGCAAAGAAUGGCAAAAGGCAAAACCCGCUCUUUUUCUUUGCAAUUGUCGGCCUGGUUUUCGCAUUGUUGUUUAUUCAAACUGGUGCAGAAAUAGGUUAUGCACAGAUGCUAACACCAUAUGCAGUGAAAGGAAAGUUGAAACUGACAACAGCUACUGGAUCUUACAUGACUUCUGCGUUUUGGGCUGCAUUUACCGUUUCUAGAUUUUUAUGUGUCUUUCUCGCAAUCAAACUCACCAGUUUGACUUUGAUAAUAUACAAUUUUAUCGUCACAUCUGUUGCUGCUGCGAUCCUAACAGCACUUUCGAACUAUGAGUGGGCAUUAUGGCUCUCCUCAGUACUAUAUGGGAUUGGAAUAGCUUCGUUUUUUCCGGCCGCGAUUGCGUGGUUCGAAACGCAUAUCAACGUCACGAACAAAAUCGCUAGUAUUUUUGUGUGUAGUGCUGCUUUUGACGAACUGGCAAUACCUUUUAUAGUCCGCUUCAAUAUUGAGACUACGCCUGAAGUCUUCAUAUACGUUGUGCCAGCAAGUUGUGUAUGUUCUGGUUUCAUAGUACUCAUUCUCUAUUUAAUUUUUAGAAAUAAAAAACCUACACUACCCGUGGAAAAGCAGCAUUCUUCUUCUAACAUUGAUAUUGUACCAGCAGUGUUUUAG